CGAGUGGGAAUUGGGGUAUGCUUUUUUAUUUGUAUGCCAACAAACUAUGGACAGUGACCGGAAAAUCCCUGCUCCAUCAGAUGGGCUCAUUGAUGGUGUUCAGAAAAUUAGAGCAUUGCAUGGGAGGACAACGGGCCCUACAAGGCGCUCUACAAAAGGGCAAUGGACACCUGAGGAGGAUGAGAUCUUACGGAAGGCUGUUCAGCAUUUCAAUGGAAAAAAUUGGAAAAAAAUAGCGGAAUGUUUCAAGGAUAGAACUGAUGUUCAAUGCCUACAUAGGUGGCAGAAAGUCUUAAAUCCUGAACUUGUUAAAGGUCCAUGGUCUAAAGAGGAAGAUGAAGUAAUUAUUGAAUUGGUGAACAAAUAUGGGCCUAAAAAGUGGUCAACUAUUGCGCAACAUUUACCGGGACGUAUUGGUAAGCAGUGUCGAGAAAGGUGGCAUAAUCAUCUUAAUCCUGCUAUAAACAAGGAAGCAUGGACACAGGAAGAAGAGUUGGCUCUCAUACACGCUCAUCAGAUUUAUGGGAACAGAUGGGCAGAAUUAACGAAGUUCUUACCUGGAAGGACUGACAAUGCUAUUAAAAACCACUGGCACAGUUCUGUCAAAAAAAAGUUGGAUUCUUACUUGGCAUCAGGCUUGCUUACUCAGUUCCAAUCUAUACCUCAUGUUGGAAAUCCGAAUCAACUGGUAACUUCGAGGUUGCAGUGCAGUGGAGAUGAUAGUGGUCCUAAAGGGGGAACUGAAGGAGAGGAAGUUUCAGAGUGUAGCCAAGUUUCAGAGUCAGCAAAUGCUAUUUGCUAUCCAUCUGCUAGAGAGAAGAGCAAUGUUGACUUACAAACUGCAGAGGAAUAUAGGUCAAAUGAAGAAUGUAGUCUUGGAAAGGAUCAUAGUCAUAGUCAUAGUCAAUCAUCCUGUUCAGAGCCAUAUUACGCAUCGCUUGAUGAUGUUUCUUUAUGCAUCCCAGAAAUUGCUUGCCAAGAGGGUUGCUCUUCUCAAUUUAUUGAGCGACAAUACUCACAUGAACCUGGAAAUUCCACAAGUGAGGAUUGCCAGUUUAAUUUACAUUCCUUACCCAAUAUUUCAUCAAUGGACUUGGGGCAGGAAUCCUUGCAGUUGCAAAGAGAUUGUAUAUCUCCUAAUGAAAUCCAUGACAUGGUGAAUGUUCCUUUUCAGACUUCAGCAGGGUUAAGUGUUUCAACAUCCAUGAGACCUACAUCUAUGAAUUCUGUUAAACCAGAGCACAUGUUGAUAUCUGAUGAUGAAUGUUACAGAGUCAUGUUUUCAGAGGCAAUGAAUGACGGAUGUUUUUCCCCUGGAGUUUAUAAUAAAUGUGCAGAUAUGGUUGAAUUUUCUGGAUGUGCUUCAUUUCUUUGUCAAUCAUGUGAUAUCCAGAUAUCUGAAACUGGUGGAACCUCAACUUUACAGCUAACUUGUCCUCGGUGUUCUAAUAAUUUCAAAGGAACUUCAUCCUCCCAAUCUGUCCCUCCAGUACUUUCUUCCAGCAGGCUGGUGUAUACUGCCAAAGGCAAUCAGUUACCUGGGCCUGAGGAUCAGCAGUUUGUCUCUGAAGCACCAGAUAAUUUCACUUAUGCCAAUGUCAUAUCCAGUUCUCAUUGUAUUGAUGAUAUAGACAGUUCAGUUAUGCAAAAGCCACCUGAUAAUCUGAAGGAUACUUCAGAUUUGGUCCCUGUAAAUGGGCUUGGCUGUGGAUCAGAUGCUAAGCAAACUUGUUAUCCAACAGAUGAAAAGCCAAACGUGCAUACAGAAAAGGACAUAGGAGCUCUAUGUUAUGAACCUCCCCGUUUUCCAAGCUUGGAUAUUCCUUUCUUCAGCUGUGAUCUUGUACAAUCUGGGGGUGAUAUUAUGCAACAAGAAUUUAGUCCCCUGGGUAUCCGCCAGUUUACGAUGUCUUCUUCUAUGAACUGUCUAACUCCUUUCAAGUUGUGGGAUUCACCUUCUUGUGAUGAUAGCCCAGAUGCAUUGUUGAAAAAUGCAGCUAAAUCUUUUAUGGGUACACCAUCAAUAUUAAAGAAACGACACCGAGAUUUGUUAUCGCCACUCUCAGAUAAAAGAAUAGACAAGAAACUUGAGAUUGACAUGACAUCCACCUUGACCAAAAGUUUUUCCAGUUUGGCUGUCAUGUUUGAGGACAAUGAGACUCAGGAAGUAGACAUGCUUUGUCCAUCUUCAUCACAAAAAUGGAACUCUGGUGCGUCUGUUGAUGAUGAUGAUAAAGAAAAUAGGGUACAAGUUUUUAAAGAGGAUAAGGUUAAGCAGGAACCUCUUGAUGUUGAUUCUAAGAUGAAGAUUGAUGCUGCUGCUGAGAUUGUGCAACAACCUUCUGGAGUUUUGUUUGAACAUGAUAUAAAUGAUCUGUCUCUGCUUUCUCCUGAUCAUGUUGGUUUUAAAUCAGACAGAGUUCUGGGUUCAAGUGCUAGAACUCCCAAAAACUUGAACUAUAGGAGCUUGGAAGCAGCCCCAAACCAGAACAUCCCUCUGAAAUUAUCUUCUGAAAAUACAUGCCCAAGGGUUAAAUCUCAUUGUGUUCGUGGGAAGGAGCAUGAAAAACUUUCAGUUGCUGUUGCUUGUGUACAAGCUCCAGGGGAGAAUUCGGGGGAUCAAACUAGAAAGGAUGGUGAUUUUGAAAACAUAUUUGGUGGAACACCUUUUAGGAAAGGCUUUGAAUCACCUUCCGCAUGGAAAUCGCCGAUAUGGAAGUCUCCUUGGUUUAUCAAUACUUUUCUGUCUAGCCCCAGACUUGAUACUGAAAUUAGAAUUGAGGAUUUUGGAAAUUUAAUGAGCCCAGGUGAUAUAAGUUUUGAAGCGCUUGGGUUGUUGAAAGAGAUCAAUGAACAAACUGCUGCCUUAUAUGCCAAUGUUCAGGAGAUUUUGGAAAAUGAAACUCCUAAGGCGUUACCAAAAGAUGCAUCCGGAAAUGACAAGGAUAGGGACAGGGAAAAUAAUGAUCCUCCCAUUCACCUGGGAAAUGAAACUCCUAAGGUGUUACCUAAAGAUGCAUCUGGAAAUGUGGACCAGGAAAAUAAUGAUCCUGCGAAUCAGCCUGGGAACCAUUCUCUGUUUUCUUCAAAUGCUUUGAUGGAGCGACGCAUACUUGACUUUAGUGAAUGUGAAACACCAAGCUAACAGCAAAUCCUCGGCAAUGAGCUUGUCAAGCUCUCUUCUUCGUAUUUGAAGGGUUGUAGAUAGUUGAUUGUCAACUAUGGCUAAAACCUCCAGUUGUUAGUUUGCUCUUCAUGUUCAAGUAUAUUUCAAAUAUAUAGUAUGCUAUUUUUUUUGAAGAUUAUUAUUAUUUUUUUAAGCUUCUAAAGUGAU